AUGAAGCCUUCUAGAAAUUCAAAGAAACGUGCACUUGAAAAAUUAAGCACUAAUACAAAUACUAUAAAAACUCAUGAAAAUCAAGAAAUGGCACCUACGGACGACUUUAAUGAUCCUAUAAUUAAUACUAAUGGUUCACAAAAUGAAAGUGCGAGUAAAAGAGGUUGCAAAAAGAUGGUGAAAAAAACUAAAGCCAUGGAUAAUCACAAUAAUAACACCAAAAAUCAACAGUAUAAAACUACUAAAGGAAUAAAGCAAAUUCAUAAAGAUCAUGAAGAGAGAAAUGUUGCUAUUCCACAAAUACAGACAAUUGAUGAGCUUUUGAAUGAUAUUAAUAGUAGUGCAAAUGAAGAAAACAAUGAUGACGAUGAAGAUGAUAAUGAUAUUACAAAUGACAAUGAUCAUCUGAUGUCAAUUUUAGAAAAAGAAGCUAAUAGUCAAAAUGACAAAGAAAUAGAAACAAUAAUACAAACUUCAAGAUCUCAGUUGGACGCCAAUAGUCAAGAUGAUUCAAGACCAAAUUCAAGAUCUCAAUUGGGCGUCAAUAGUCAAGAUAAUGAUUAUCUUUCUUCAAGACAAAAUUCAAGAUCUCAGUUGGGCGCCAAUAGUCGAGAUGAAUCAAGACCAAAUUCAAGAUCUCAAUUGGGCGUCAAUAGUCAAGAUAAUUCAAGACAAAAUUCAAGAUCUCGACUGAAUUUAAGAUCUCAAUUGGGAGAUAAUAGUCUAGAUGAUGACUAUUUUGUUCUUUCAAGAAGAAGAACCAAUGGUCUUGAUUAUUAUGAUUAUUCAAAUAAAGCACUAUAUCCAAAGCAAAUACGACCAUCACCUUUAGGGCCAAGAUCAAAUACGUUGAACAUUCUCAAUAAUACAUUCAACAAAAGUGCAAAUUAUUCCAAUAUUAAUGAGGAAAUUCCUUCGCCAUUUAAUGAAAUGACUAUUUACCAGCUUUGUUCAUGGUUAUGUAAAAAUCCAAAUGUUUUGCAGCUGGCAAAUAACAUGCAUUUAUCAAUGCAAACUCCAGUUGUAGAAGGGGCACGAUUUAUCUCUUCUAUCUCAGCUGGGUCAUCAAUUACAACGUCAAAUCAAGAGUUUAAGACAAAUGUUUGCCGAGACUUUCUAGAAGAAUUAAAGUGUCUAUUUUUACGUGUUCGAAAUCCGCCAAAAACUAAAGGCAUUGAAUGGCUUCAUACGGCAAAUAGGCACUUUGGUGACUUCCGUAAUAAAUUAGUCAAUAGUGUCGAGAAUUUAGUUGAAAAUUUCAAAGAAAAGAGGACAUUGUCUAUGACAAGUCCAUUACAAAGAGAAGAAAUUAUCUCUUUUGUGGAUGAGACUGUUACGGCUCAUGUGUUAAGUCGGUGGUUAAGUGCCACUAAUGUGGACGAAUUACAUACUCUGGGUUCGAUGUCUUGUUUGUGUAAAUUCAUUCAGAAUGCAUUUGCUGUUAAUUAUUCAGCAAGAGACACGGCAAAGACAAAGACUUUAGAUAAAUUGACAAAAGAUAUUAGAGUACCAUCAAGAAAUGAUACAAAAGAAUAUAUUAUGGUUUUCCAAUAUGCAAAAGGAGGCAAUUUUAAUCAUUGGGUAAAUGGAAACUAUGAAUAUUUUAAUUGGAGAGAUAAAUUAACUGCAUUGCUUAAUAUUAUUAAUGGUCUUAAAGAAAUUCAUCAAAAAAAUAUAGUUCAUCGUGAUUUUCAUACAGGAAAUAUUUUACUUUUAAAUUUGACAGAUGUUUCUAGUAAUUGGAUAACAAUUUCAGACAUGGGAUUAUGUGGAGAGGUUGGUAAUAUAGAUGAAACUAAAAUUUAUGGUGUUAUGCCUUAUGUGGCUCCUGAAGUAUUAAGAAGGAUGUCUUAUACUCAAGAAUCAGAUAUCUAUAGUUUUGGUAUGAUAAUGUAUUUUGUAGCAACUGGAAUACAACCUUUUUAUAAUCGUGCACAUGAUCAUCUUCUUGCAUUAGCUAUUUGUAAAGGAGUUAGACCCGAAAUAAAUGAACCAGAAGCACCAAAAUGUUACAUUGAUUUAAUGAAAAAAUGUUGGGAUUUAUACCCAAAUAAUAGACCAAAGAUUUUUGAAAUACAUGAAUUAAUUGUAUAA